UUAUCUUUGAUUAUAUUGUUACAAUCAACUAAUACUGUUGACAAUUAGAGUAUUGGUCUCAAUUGAUUGUUAAUCGUUCAACAAUCAAUCUUAUCCUUGAGCUAUUUAGUUAAUUGUUAUGGAAACUUCAAUUUUCCUUUGGUUUUAUCUCGGUUUCGUUUUGAUUGUUUGUCCAAAUAAAAGUUUCGCUCAAUUUUCUUGGUCAAAUUUUCAACAAUCAGUUUCGUCCGUUUCUCCGUCGGCCAGGCCAACGGGUCCUACUGGUACUAUUUUAACGCGUCUCAAUGGAUGUCCAAUAUCCGAUAAGUAUAAUAUCAUGACUGUUGGUCCUUCGGGUCCACUUUUAGCGGAAGAUGGUCAGUUUGUUGAAGAAUUGACCCAUUGGACCCAUGAACGAAUACCUGAGAGAGUUGUUCAUGCUAAAGGUUAUGGUGCUUUCGGUAUUUUUACACCAACAAAUACUAAAAUCGUGUCCCAAUAUACCAAAGCUCCGUUGUUUAAUAUUCCAAAUGUUACCACAAAAGUGGCCAUUCGAUUCUCGACCACAAUGGGUUCGAGAGGUUCAUCAGAUGCAGCUCGUGAUCCUCGAGGUUUUGCCAUUAGAUUUUAUUCUGAUAUUGGAAAUUUUGAUCUAUUAACCCUUUCGAUUCCAAUUUUUUUCGUUCGUGAUCCAUUUCGAUUCAUCUAUUUUGUCCAUUCUCAAAAACCUGAUCCCGUCGGUAACUGGCCAAGUCGCGAAAAUACCUUUAGUUUUCUCGCCGCAAAUCCUGAAGCUCUUCACGCUUUCAUGUACCUUUAUUCCGAUGCAGGGACACCCGAUGGUUUCCGUUUCCUUCCAGGUUUCAGCAUAAACACUUUCCGUCUAACAAAUUCCACCGGUGGAAUGUUUUUCGCCCGAUUUAACCUAGUUCCCAACGGUGGAAUCCACAAUCUUACCCGACAACAAUCAAUCCAAAUAUCGGGUCUUGACCCUUCCUAUUCAUCCAAAGAUCUGUUCAAUUCAAUUAGAUCAGGAAACUUUCCUUCGUGGACAUUACGAGUUCAAGUAAUGGACUUCGAUCAAGCCUCAAAAGCAACAUUCAAUAUCCUUGAUUCAACCAAGACUUGGUGGGAAAAUGUUUAUCCUUCAAUUGAAAUUGGUAAAAUCACUUUGAAUCAAAAUGCUGCAAAUGAAUUUGCUGAGAUUGAACAAUUAGCAUUUAAACCAUCAAAUUUAAUUCCCGGUAUUAAUCCAGCUCCAGAUAAAUUAAUUCAGGCACGUACGAUUGCUUAUAUUGACACACAAAAUUACAGAUUGGGUGCUAACAAUUAUAAAUUACCAGUUAAUUUACCAAUUACUCCGAUAAUUAACCCGACAGCUCGUGAUGGUGCUUAUGUUUGCGACUCUAAUUACGGUUCGAUCCCCAAUUUCCUACCCAAUACCUUUGACCCUCAAUACAAAAUGGACGCUUCAUAUUAUUCAGAUUCCUGGUCACCCGCCGAGCCCUGUAUUGUCAAUCGAUACAACAGUUUAGAUAAUGACAACUAUCGUCAGCCUUCCGAGUUCUGGGAUUCGUUGAGACCUCAAGAUCGAGACAGUUUAGUUUACAAUAUGGCGAUGGACCUGAUGGAAGCUUCCGCUGACCUUAGAUCCAAAGUGGUCAGUGUGGUUUCUCAGGCCAACUCUGAGUUCGGACAAAGGUUAUCAACGAUUCUAUCACAAGAUUCUGGUUAAAAUUAUAUAUGAAAACUUAAUUUCCAUGUUGAAAACUAAUUAUUGUUAUGAAAAGUUUCAAAUCCAGUUUAAGUUUAUUAAUAUUACAUGAUUUUAAUUAAUCAUCAUUAUUAUCAUUACAUUUCUGUUAAUUGUUUCAACUAAAUUUACACGAAAAUGGUAAUUCAUUUAUUCAGGUAAAUAUUGUUGAACAAAAAAGCGAAAGUUAAUUUUAAAUCAUAAUUAAAUGAAAAGUUUUAACUGUAA